AUGGACUCGGCGAUAGAACCCCAGUUCCGUUCCGGCUACAUGAACGGCGGCGCAAAAGGCCACCCAAAGCCGCCGUCCAAGGUCGCCACGAACGGUACCAUUGAAGGAUUGCUGUCGCGCCAGAACAACAAUAAGACAUCACGCGGGGGUUUGUUCGGCGACGAGGACGAGGAUACAGAAUCGCAUACCGAGUCUACUGUCACGAGCCCAUCGUCGGUAACGUCGCCUCCGUACUGGCUCGGCCACCACCGCUCUGUGUCCAACAUGUCGGCCGAGUCGAUUCUCCCCGAUGGCGCAAUAACGAUGCACGACAACGAAGCGAGUGACGUCAACGGCCGCAACCGAGCCUGCUGGGCGAAGAGCGUUGAGAUUACCGACUAUGUUGUGGUGAACGGCAGUGCGACCAAUAUCGGGGCAUUCGUCGUUUGGAACAUCAAAGUAGAGACGCUGCAAGGGAGCUACAUGAACAUCCGUAAGCGAUACUCCGAGUUCGACGACCUCCGCGAGAGACUAGUCAAGACGUUCCCCAACUUCGAGGCAGCUGUACCUCCUCUGCCUCCCAAGAGCGUUAUAUCGAAAUUCCGGCCCAGAUUCCUCGACAAGAGGAGAGCAGGCCUUCAAUACUUUCUCAAGUGCGUCUGCGAACAGAAGGGGUUAUGA